UUUCCUGGCUAAUAAUUUUUCCCAAGUUCAUUUCAAUCAUAAUAUAUUUUAUUAUUCCACUGUCGUAUACGCAACUGCAGCGCACUGGACCGAUGGUUUCAAAGAAAUAACGGAGUCAGGGCAGCAGACCACAAACUAUUCGGGGGUGUGACUACAGUCAACUGGGGUCUAUAUAUUGGGAUGUUUUGUCCGGUGGCUUUAUGUGAAUGAAAGAGAAGCUGCCCAGUGAAAAGUCAACGCAGUGCGAAAGCGCGCUUCCUCACUUUGACGCCGUCUGCUCCCGCACGCCUCCAUGGAUCCACGUCUCUGCGCACUUUGCGUGACUUUGGCGCUGGCCUCGUUCAGCCGCAGGUCAGGUGCGAUCGGACCGGUUAUCCGCUGCGAGCCAUGUGACGCCGUAGCGCGACUUUUGUGCAAACCGCUGUCCAAGGACUGCGCCGAGAGAGUCCGCGAGCCGGGCUGCGGCUGCUGCAUGACUUGCGCGCUGAGCUUCGGUCAGCCGUGCGGCGUGUACACGGGCAGAUGUGGCUCCGGACUGAUCUGUCAGCAGCAACCCGGCGAGACGAAGCCUCUCCAGGCGCUGCUGGAGGGACGGGGGGUUUGCGCCAACGCCACCAACAAGCGACCGGCCGUCAGAGCAACUCCUCCGGUCAAUGAGCUACCAGCAGAGAAUAGUGACGCUCGGUACGAAGAGAGGAAUUCCACUGGCUCAGGGAUCCGGACGUCGUACAGCACCCACAGACCCUUGAGACCUCUACCUUACCCAUUAUUCCCCUCUGCCAAGUCAGACGUCCUGCGACCCCAGCGUCCAGACACCAAGGUGGUGGAGGUCCCGGGUCCACCCCUCACGGUCCAGGAAAACUCCUUCCCACAGACCAAGCAGGAGCCGGAGUCUGGUCCCUGCCGGAGAGAGAUUGAGAGCAUUCUCAGCAGCUUGAAGAUCACUCACAUCCUCAACCCCAGAGGUUUCCGCAUACCGAACUGUGACAAGAAGGGCUACUAUAAAAAAAAGCAGUGCCGUCCGUCCAAAGGCAGAAAGCGGGGCUUCUGCUGGUGUGUGGACAAACACGGGCAGCCCUUGCCAGCUUUUGAUGGGAAGGAGCGAGGAGACGCCCAGUACUACAACUCCGGGAGCCAAUAGGAGCGGAGCUGGACGGAGGGAGGGAGGGUG